AUGAUUUUCGAGCCAGCGGAGCGGGUUUUGCUCCCCACCAAGGACCUUUUGUCGUACAUUUUUGACGACCCGCCAUACAACCAGGAUACGCCGAUCUAUGUGGAUGUCCAUAACCCAACACGGUCAAUCUCUUGCAACCAGGCGCGAAGGCUCAUCCGCCAGCUCAUUGCAGGAUUGCGAGCCUCCGGGUUUAAAAGGGGCGAUUGUGCCCUCAUUCACUCCUUCAAUGAUAUCAAUUACAGCAUUCUUGUCCUGGCUAUCAUUGGCGCUGGCGGUGUUUUCACCGGCUCAAAUCCCUCUUACACCCCACACGAGCUCGCCCAUCACAUCAAGGCUUCGCAGAGUAAAUUCCUUAUCUCGGAGCCCGAAAUUCUGGAGUCUCUGCAACGUGCCGCAGAACAGACUGGUAUACCAGCCCAGAAUGUGUGGGUAUUUGACAAUCUGGACCAGUCAGUGCCAUCGGGUAUGCGGUCAUGGAAGCAGCUACUGGAGUUUGGCGAAGAGGACUGGGUACGCUUUGAUGACUUGAAGACGGCCCAGGAGACGACAGCAGCCAGACUCUUCAGCAGUGGAACCACUGGCCUCCCCAAAGCUGUUACUAUUACCCACUAUAACCUCAUUGGGCAACAUGAGCUAACUCUUGGAAUAAAUCCUCGGCCUUACGAGAUCUCACGAGUGAUUGCGGUACCGGUCUUCCAUGCCUCUGCAGCCCCCGUUACGCACAUUUCUACUCUGAAAAUGGGAUCUGUGGUUUACCUGAUGCGCCGGUUUGACCUCGAGCAAUUCCUCAGAACCGUGGAGAAGUACAGUGUCACCGAUAUGAUCAUGGUUCCACCAAUUGUGAUCGCAAUUUUGAUGUCACCCCUAUCUCAGCAACAACCCUUUCUCCGGAAGGUCCGGCUUGCCGUCUGUGGAGCAGCUCCUUUAGACAAAGACGCCCAGGCUCGAUUUCGUUCGUUGAUUGCAGAUGAUGCUCCAUUCACCCAAGUGUGGGGUAUGACCGAGACGUCCUGUGUAGCAACCAACUUUCCGUAUCCCGAGCAUGAUGAUACUGGAUCAGUUGGACGGCUGAUCCCCAACAUGGAGGCGAAACUCAUCGAUGGGGAUGGUCGAAACGUUUCGGCUUAUGGAGUCCGCGGAGAGUUGUGCGUACGUGGGCCGACAGUGACCCCUGGAUAUUUCAACAAUGCCGAAGCCAAUUCCCAGUCGUUCGAUCCUGAUGGCUGGUUCAAAACCGGUGAUAUCGCGUACUGUGAUCACAAAACCAGGAAAUGGUAUAUUGUAGACCGCAAGAAGGAGUUGAUCAAGGUACGGGGGUUUCAGGUGGCACCACCAGAGAUUGAGGCGGUGCUGUUGUCACACCCUGAUAUCAUUGACGCGGCGGUGAUUGGAGUCAGUCCAUCCAGUGCUGAUACUGAGCUCCCUCGUGCCUAUGUCGUUCGACGACCAGGUGAUGGGGGAGACAAUUUGACAGAAUUAGUUGUCCAGCAGUAUGUCCUGGGGCGGCUGGCGCGGUAUAAGGCACUCACUGGGGGAGUGAAGUUCGUUGGGACGAUAGCUAAGAAUCCUAGUGGCAAGAUCCUUAAGCGGGUUUUGCGAGAGGACGCGAAGAAGGAAAUCGAGGCAGGAUUGAUCAAGCAUAGGCUGUAA